AUAAUCACAAGGCCACUAUUCACUUUUGGGUGGUUUUCGCGAAUGGUUGGCAAUGCAUCAGGAAUAAUUUUAAAAAUUUGUUCAUAUUGUAGUGACAGUCAGAGGUCCAUUUUGGGGGAUUUCGUUUAUCUCAAGUUGUAUCCAAUACACCAAUCUUUUUAAUUUAAGAAUCAAGAAACUGUGGGUUCAUAAUAUAACGUUUAUUUUUAUUCGCUCCUAAAUUUCUGGCUUGUUUUACAGCCAAUCUUAGACUUAGUUACACCAUUUUGAGACAUCUUUGGCAAUAACACUUAAACAUUAAAAACAUGGAAUCCAGUCUCUUAUCAUUUAUAUACGACUGUACAGCAAGGUGAUGGAUCUGUUUUAAAAAGACUGCAGAGAAAUUAUUGUUUAAAGUGUUUCGAUAAGGAUUACGAAAUACCCGAACUAUUAAUCUUAAGGUCAUCAUCUAUUAUACUAACGAAAAAUAAGUCGAGCAAAUAGUAGUUGAGAUCGUAUUGAAGAAUAGUUUUACCACUAAAAUAUCAGUGUGAUUGUGGUGGAAUAUUUCAUUUGUGACUAUUAACGUUGUAUAGAGUGUUAAGCCUGCUUCUCCGUCCACGAAAUGAUUAGCUUCUCCAAAAUAACGAUAAUUCAAAAAUCUCAUCUUUUCUGUUAACAUCGUAAUGUUUCGGUGAAUUAAAAGUUUUUCACAGUAGUAUGUGCCAGUUCACUGUUAGAUUCACCCGUUGGUUAUUGUUAAGUUUACAUAGAGUAUCUGCAUAAGAUGGCUAAUCGGUUAAUAGGGAUUGAGACCCUGACCCUUUUAUUUGUUGAUGUAAUGUUCAGUAGUACAUAUUUAUGACCAAUCAGCUGAUUUAUGGAUUACAAAUCGAAGGACUAGAAUGAACAUUACUGCUAUUAUAUCACUUGAAACCCGUCUUAUUCUAAUGGCUAUAAAGAUAGUUACUUUAUAAAUUUAUGACCCCAAUCGAUAAUUAAUUUUACUGAUUUUGGAAUCUCAAGUUUAUAUAGUUGACUUUAAGCCACAUCCAGAGGUUAGUAGUACUACUUGGCUUCUCCGAUAAAAUGGGCGGAGCGAUAUACGAGCUCGUGGCUUUAUGGUUGGAAAUCAAACGCUCUUAUCACUAAGCUAUUUAUCCAAAUUUUGUGGUGUUAGUUGAUUACAGGUAACCUGAGACUAGAUAAGUGUGCGUCAAUCUAAACUACCACACUUUAAAUCGACACAGCGAGAGAAAAUUUAUGAAAUGAAAACUAAAAAAAUUGUGUAAUUUUUGCGUCAUCCCAAUUACAAAAGACACUUUUCAAUCUAUUAGUCACAAAUGUACUACUAAGCGGCACGAUUAGACAUUCUUUUAAAAAAUAUAUUUGAAACUACUCAACGAUUCAGCUAAUAAAUUCUCACUAGCCCAGCAUCCUUGUCAGGCAUCAGUUUUCGACAUCAGUCCAUAAAAAUAGAAAUGACGUUGUAUGUCAUGGCCCCUUCCACUGUUUCAUUACUGAACAAAGGAGCUUCUAAUUUCAGUAUUGUAUCUAUGUUCGGUGCAGCGUUAUCUGUCUAUGGUGUUACUUCGCAUACCAAAGAUUAAACACAUUAAGCCUUAUCAUUAAUCUAUUUCCUAAUGAGUCAUUUCUUGUUAAGUUUCUUUCAAUUGCCUUCAAAUCCGGAAAAAGAAAUUAAUCCCAUCGCUGAAUACAUCUAUCUUUACUAAUCUUUUCAUCCAUUAGUAAAUCAUUUCGAUCAAUGUACCUUUCAUUUUAUCGUUUAACAUUUCAGAAGUUUUAUUAUUUUAUAAAAUACCACCGUGUUUUCUUUUCGCGUACAGAUUUUAAUGAAAUUCCCUUACGUUUAACAAUAGCCUACCAUGGUGUUCACCAAAAUAAUAUCACGAGUUGCAGUUUUUCUAAUUGCGGUCGAUUCUUCGCCUUUGUUGAUCAGCCACAGAUUGUCCUGGGUUAUUGUGUAAAUGACUUACUAUCAACGUGUUUGGAUGAAAAUAAUUUCAAACCAUCUUUAUCAUCUCAUUGUCAAACAUCUAGUUUAUUGUCAGAUGAAAUUAUUAACAAUACAGAAUCAUUAAAUUUAUAUGCGAAUUGUACAGAUAGUAGUAAUAACUGGAAAAUAUUAACAUCAGAACUGUUACAUGGUGAUGCACUACCUGUAAAUAUGAAACCAAUAUUUCGUAUAAAAACUAACGGAGAUGUGAUUAGUAUGACAUUUGCCUCUGGGGACAGUGCAUUUUGUCGAUUGCCCCACCGUGCAAAUAAGCGUAGAUCGUCUAUUGUUCGUGAAUCACAAGUUUCAUUAUUACUGUUGGGUUUAGCUUCUGGUGUUAUUGAAGUUUAUAAUGUAUUUAGUCUAGUAUCAAGUUCUCCACAUAUCCCCAAAUAUGUCUUGACAGAUGAUUGUACCCUUGUAUAUCUCCUCUCAGCUGCUAUAGACGGAAGUCUUCGUGUUGGUUCUGUACAUCGUGGUGGUGAAGUGAGAUUAUGGGAUUUAUGGGAUGAUGGUAAUAUGUACGGGAAAUUACAACAUAAAUUCACUAUUCCAACAGAUCAACCAUGCAGUGAAAUUCAAGGUGAAGCAUGUACAUUUGCUUGGCAUCCAUUCGGCAGGCAUGUAUUCCUAGCUGGUGAAAGAGGUCAUGGUGUUGUACUCGACGCUGAAUCUCCUUUUUCUCGAGUCGCCUACAUACGAUCUGGUCAUUAUCAUCGAAUAUCAGUUGCAAAAUUUUCGAAAGAUGGUAGUUUAUUAAUUACUGCUUCUUAUGAUUCAUGUUGUGCUGUAUGGUCUGUACCGGAAUAUCAAUGCUUACAUCGUUUCUGGCAUAUGGGACGUGAGCCUAGUAUUCCGCUUCGUGGCGGAUCAAAUGGUCAUCAUAUAUACGGUUUAUCUCUGUCCCCAGAUGACUUUUACUUUAUUACCAUCUGCGAGGAUAGAUGUAUUCGUUUAUGGCCAUUGGCUCCUGUCAAUUCUCCAUUGAAGAUCUAUUUUGAACUUGCACUUCCGACUCAUACUAAUCUUAAAUUUCGUAGCUUAGCUUUCAGCCCAUGUGGUCGUAUAGUUGCUGUUACUACGAAUAAUCACGAUGUACUACUAUUUACAACACGAUCUGAAUUAAUUCGUCUUGGUACACAAUGUCUUCAUGCAAUCCGAAAAUGUGUUGUUGAAAAUAUUUUGAAGAAAACCAUGCAUCACUCAAUUAUUAAACAUCAAUAUCAUAAUAAUGAUCUGUCACUGACAACUAGCAAUAACAGUUAUAAUACAUUAUUUCAAAAUUGUAUUUCACAAAUCUACUUACCAUCUCCAGUGAAAAAAGCAAUUUUAAGGAAUUUUGUAAAUUGAUAUUUAAUGUUAGGAAGAGAACAAAAAAAGAGAUGGAAAUAACAGUGAUUGUACUAUGAUGACAUGUAUGUGUAUGUUGCUUACAUGAACUCAUUUGUUCCGUUUUUAUUUUCUCUUUGCCUUGUUACCCUUGUUUUUUUUUUUUUUUAGUUAUCUAUUAAAACAUUUUUUUUUUGAUAUUUCGUUUCACUGAAUCAAGUAACACUUUUUAUUUAUAAUAUGAAAACAAUUUAGCUAUUCUACGAUAUGGACAAACCCUACUUUUUAUAUCUGUGCUCCCUACUCCUAAAACUGUCAUUGAACUUAUGAAUAUAUAUAUUAGUUUUAAUCUUAUU